CAUCGCCCGAGGGAAAGCGAGUGCAACUGAGGGUAUAAAUAGCUUGAUACGUACUUGUUGUGGGUACUUUCCGGACCAGACAGAAGGCGAGCGCGUCGCCUCGGCGCUCGGCUACCUCGUCGGGUAACGGCUCGUAGUUAGGAGCGGCAUUAUCAGCCUGUCUUUCAGAAAGUACCCGCCUGUGUCAAAAAUGAGAAGCAGCGUCGUCAGAUUAAAGGGACUGGAUAAAAAAGCGGGCGCGGAGGACAUCCGACACUUUUUUCAACGCUUCCACAUCCCGAGCGGUGGCGUCUACAUCCUGGGAGGAACCCAGCGUGAGGCGUUUAUUGCCUUCGCCUCCGAGAAGGAGGCUGGACGAGCCACCCGCUACACUGGGCGUCCUCUUAAAGGCUCCAAGGUGGAAAUACGACGGAGUGAUAUUUCAGAACUGGAACACAAGCUAAAGUACGUUUUGAAGAGGAGGAAUCAUUCAGCCAGUAAGUCAAGUUCAAAGCCUACAAAGACACCUGAAGGGACUCUGGCGCCCUCUAGCGUUCAUCCACAGCACUUGUGUGAUGGACUCUCUGAUCCAAGGACUGUUUUAACCCUUUCCCUCGCGAAUUCAUAUUCUGUUAGUGGAUUUCAGACUUCGGACAAGUCUCAAGAUUCCUUAAGCUCACCACCUUUUGUUACUGGUGAUUGUCCACAGCCACAGAGUCCCGGAAUAUCUCCACCUUUAUUUCCCAAACCAGGAAGUCCAAAAUCUGUUCCAUGUUUUGUCCCGAGUGGGUGUCCAAAGAGUCUUAACGAUCCAUACACUUGUGGGACCAUUGCCGGUGGAUCUCCUCCACAGGUGUGCAACAAGCUACAUGAUCCCCGGUGUCCAAAGGCUCCUGAAGAUCCACGCACUGGUAGAACCAUUCCACAUUGUGUUGCUGGUGGAUCUCCUCCGCAGGUGUGCAACAAGCUCCACAAUCCCAGGUGUCCAAAGGCUCCUGAAGAUCCACGCACUGGUAGAACCAUUCCACAUUGUGUUGCUGGUGGAUCUCCUCCGCAGGUGUGCAACAAGCUCCACAAUCCCAGGUUUCCAAAGGCUCCUGAAGAUCCACGCACUGGUAGAACCAUUCCACAUUGUGUUGCCGGUGGAUCUCCUCCGCAGGUGUGCAACAAGUUCCACGAUCCCAGGUUUCCAAAGGCUCCUGAAGAUCCACGCACCGGUGGGUCUCCUCCGCAGGUGUGCAACAAGCUCCACGAUCCCAGGUGUCCAAAGUCUCCUGACGAGCCAGACCAUCCCAGAACCAAUCCACCUGUCGUUUGCAGUCAGCAUCCAUCUUCAGAGUCUUUACACGAUGCGUUUUUUCUCGGCGUUUUCACCGCUUUGGAACAGCUGCAGCAUCGCUAUGGAAAUGAGCACCAGGACAUUUUGCCAGGACUUGAUUGGCAGGAUCCUAACAUGGGUAAACCACCAGAGCGUAGGCACCAGACAGCGCCGCCACCGCCAGGUUACGUGAGGCUGUCGGGACCGCCACCCUCCACCACGAAGAAGGACAUUUGUACUUUCUUUGAAGGGCUGAAGGUGCAGGAAGUGGUGGCUAAUGUCAAGUUGCAAAACAGACGCGUGUGCUUGGUCAAGUUUAGGGAUGUCGACGAUGCUUUGGCUGCUUUAGGGUUCAACCAUCGCUCCAUGGGGGCCGUUUGCGUGGAGGUGCGCACCGCCACGGCGCUAAUGUGGAGCGAAGCGUUACAAGAAUGUGAAAAUGCAGCAGUGAGACGAGCCAAACUCAAACACGGCUCUCUCGCGGAUGCAGCCAACCACAAACGGAAGCGCCAUUUUGAAUCAGAGAACAAGCUGCCGGCGUCGUUGAAAUGCAACGCCCCCAAAAAGCCCCGAAUUAAGACUCCCCCGGCAAUUAAAGAGUACAUCGUCAUGGUGUGCAAUAUAUCUGUUAGGACAACAAAGACAGAAUUAAGAGAUCUGCUCGGAUAUCCUCACAUGGCAAACUCCAAAAUCCAACACUUGCUGGACAAGAACCUCAGCAGGACGGACACGGCGUUUCUCAUUUUUAACCAAAAGGACGACUUUGAACGCGCGCUAAAAUACGACGGCUUCUGCAUGGCCUCCAACGCUAUUAAUGUGUCAGCAGUUACCAGAGAGAAGAUGAAUCAGAUGAUGGCACUAAACGCCAAAUUGAGUCCAGAGUACGGCGUGGUGGACCCCCCGGAAUCAGAAGACGACUCAAGAGGGAAGAGGGCGAGGAACCCGGAAACGUGCCUGCUGGCUGAAAACCUGCAUGCGAAUACAAAAGAAAGACGGCACACAAAGCACUUUUAAUGAACAGUGAAUGCUGCUGCACGGCCGCGGUGCAUUUUUACGUCCCACAAACCUGCCAUGAUGGCCCCACAGGAAGUAGUCAGGACUUUGGAGGAAAACUGUAAAUUGCAUAAUUGCAAAACAGAAAUUGGAUUAGUGCAUUAGUUCGACAUUCUUUGCGUGUGGCCAUGCACGAAAUCUCACCUUUGGUUAGUAAGUUUCCUAAGUUUGCCUGAAACAGGCCCCUUUUGGACCAGGUUCCACUUCAGUACCAAUUGUAGGAUUUUUCCAGAUCUUCCAAACCCUUGAGGACACCUUUUUUUCUAUUGAGCAAUCAGAGUGAACUUGACAACGCUUGAAUAUAAUUGUUUAUUUCCAAUGAACAUGUUCCUUCCAUCAGAUGAAGUGACUGAAAAUUCUUUAAAAUUCAAAGACUGAAGAAAGGUUUUGUUUUAAUAAACUAAAAGUCCAAAAAUAAAAAAAAAGCAAUAUAUACAAAAAAAGAGCGACUCCUGAAUGUUCACCACGGGAAGAAUCUUCAUGUUUAGAACCUGAGGGGACCGUCGGAAUAACGAGAUGGACCUGCAUGCACAGUAACAGCAUUGAAAGACUUAGUUAAAUUAAAACAGGAAGAAAAAGAAAUGGCCGAGUUCUUACUCCCUCUGCAUUUGAAUUGGUGUCAUGGCCGAAAGGAUGAUCCUUACCUUUGGUUAAAGGAAGUGAAAAUCUGUCGUUUCUUGGCAAGCUGGACGACAUUGACGAGAACCCCGAGUUCAUUGACAAGCUGCUCAUACUAGGACCCUGUGGAGAAUGGAGAUCAAAGUCAAUCAUUCAUACUACAUGUGGCUAAAAAACUACAGUUCUGUGAUGCUUGGAUGCUUGGAGUGCAGUACAGGGUCUGUAUGUACUUGCAAGGAUUCCUCGUAUCGAGUACCUCCAUUACAAUCUCUUGCGUCACCCACGGAGACGCUGGAAGGUGGACGAGGCUAGCCGCUAUCAAAAGCGACAAGGUAACGAAAUACGGAAACAGGAAGUUGGACGCUGUCGUAACACGGCAACAAUGAAGUCCUAGCCUGCAAGUCAACCACGGCUGCAGCGGGACGCUCUGACCCGCCAUUUGUUUUUCGUCAAGGACACCUUUGUUUGUUUCUCCUAUCUGGGAUCACGGCGGACGUCUCCCAUGGCAACGGCUGUUUUAUCGCAACGACACCCUGGGAACUGAGCUCCGAGAUUUGUCUUACUGUAUUAUUAUGCUGUAUAUGUACGACACAGUCAAUAAAUGGCCUUCCCAUUCGUGUUAUUCCA